GGACCCCCUCCCGGAGGUGGGAGAGACUCCAGGACCCCCUCCGGAGGUGCGGCAGAGACUCCAGGACCCCCUCCGGAGGUGCGGGAGAGACUCCAGGACCCCCUCCGGAGGUGCGGGAGGGAAGAGUUUCCCACAGUCUGUGAGCUGUUGCCUGAGAGAGGCCCCGGGCUCUGGGGCCACCAGCGCAGCUCGGGAGCCCCGGGGAAGAUCAAAGGGUCUCACUGUCAACCAGGCCAGAGUGCAGUGAAGAUCAUACCUCACUGCAUCCAUGAACUCCUGGGCUCCUCCCACCUCAGCCUCUUGAGAAGCUGGGACUACAGGAGACUGAAGCCAAGGAUACCAGCAGAGCCAACAUUUGCUUCAAGUUCCUGGGCCUGCUGACAGCGUGCAGGAUGCUGAUGGAAACUGGCAGAGGCUGCUGUGCCCUGGCCAUCCUGCUGGCAAUUGUGGACAUCCAGUCUGGUGGAUGCAUUAACAUCACCAGCUCAGCUUCCCAGGAAGGAACACGACUAAACUUAACCUGUACUGUGUGGCAUAAGAAAGAAGAGGCUGAGGGGUUGGUCGUGUUUUUGUGCAAGGACAGGUCUAGAGACUGUUCUCCUGAGACCAGUUUAAAACAGCUGAGACUUAAAAGGGAUCCUGGGAUAGACGGUGUUGGAGAAAUAUCAUCUGAGUUAGUGUUCACCAUAAGCCAAGUCACACCGUCACACAAUGGGACCUACCAGUGUUGCGCCACAAGCCAGAAGUCAGGUAUCCGCCUUCAGGGCCAUUUCUUCUCCCUUCUAGUCACAGAGACAGGGAACUACACAGUGACGGGACUGAAACAAAGACAACACCUUGAGUUCAGCCAUAGUGAAGGCACUCUCAGUUCAGGCUUCCUACAAGAAAAGGUCUGGGUAAUGCUGGUCACCAGCCUCGUGGUCCUUCAAGCUUUGUAAGCCUUGUGCCAAAAGAAACUUUUUAAAAAAGCUACAGCAAGAUGAGUCUGACUCUAGCUUAGUAUGCUUCUCAUUACCACAGGCACAGAGAAGAAAGCAACAGGGCAUAGGGGAAGAGAUGCUAAAUAUACCAAGAAUCUGUGGAAACAUAAGCUGGGGCAAAUCAGUGUGAUCCUUGACUUUGCUGCUCACCAUCAGAGCAAACCUGCCUUCUUCCCUCCUAAGCUCCAGUAAAUAAACAGAACAGUUUUCACCAAAGUGGCUGGUAUAGUCCUCAAAUAUUGGAUAAAUAUGUGCGUUUUUGUACCCCAGAACAACUUCUCCUCCCUCCUCCUCAACAUAGUAAAAUAAGUCAAACAAAAUGAGAACACCAAAUUUUGGGGGAAUAAUUUUUUAUUUAACACUGUAAAGGAAAGAGAGAGAAAACAAGCAGAGAUAGGUAGGACAGAAAGGAAGACAGCCACACCCAGUGACUGACUUGGCAUGAAAAUGAGGAAAUGCAGACAGACCUCAACAUUCAAUAACAUCCACACAGCACUGCUGGAGGAAGAGGAAGAUCUGUGCAGACCAGGAGCACCACAGACUACAACUGCCCAGCUUCAGCUAAACACUUGUUAACCUCUUUGGUCAUUUCUCUUUUUAAAUAAAUGCCCAUAGCAGUAUGUGCAGUCUUUUCUUUUCUCCUAAAUCCACAAACUCUCUUCUUUUUCUUUGGACAGAUGAUCUAUUGUCAUAGUUAAACAGAGAGUAGGCAGGAUAUUCCUGAUAGGAGGAACUACAUGAAUAAAGGGGUAAGAGCACAGAAAUUUAGCUACAGCUCCAUGGUGAGCCAUUAAAAGGAAAGAGACACUUUACCUGUGCUCCUUGGCAAGGACCUGCCAAAUGUAGGAGCUAAGGUUUGUGGGAACAGAGAGAUAUGGCUGAAGUAGACGAGUAAGACCCUUAUUAGCGAUAGUCUUGAACCUCAAACCAAGGAUUUUAGACUUUGUAUCCUAUGGAGAUAAAAGAACCA